CCAUGUGGUAGCAAUGCUAUGUAUCUUUAACGGUGUUGACGAGUCUUUUUGUUUCUUGACCAUAUGUUGAGCAGAUCUGGAAAUCGCCAUCAUCUUCUCCGUUUUCUCAUCCAGCGUCUCCACCGUCGCCACCUGACCUCGGAUGGUACGCCACAUGAUCUUCGAAGGAGCACGGAAGUGAAUGGGGCCAAAUCAGUCAGCUUGGUGUUCAUACUUGGAACCUGGUCUUGUUGGCCAAGCCGUCACUCCUGCCGUCAAGAUAUAUUCAAAUCAAAGUUCCUUGUCACCCGAAGUCACAUCAAAGUCUGAAAUACCACAGGAAGAACUUGAGGGUGGUGUCAAGACUUUAUCCCAGAAACUAUCAGCAGCUCUUCUAAAUAUCAGUAUCAAGGAAGACUUGGUCAAACAACAUUCAAAAGUAGCAGAGGAAGCAGUUGAAGGUAUUACUAAAGCCGGAAAAAACGUUUCAUAA